AUGAGAUGGCGUGCAAGACAUAUUCUUGAUUAUUUUCUUUACGAACAAUGGUACAAAACUAAUAUAUCUGAUAAUAAAAAAGAUGGAAUUGACAAAAUAAAAAUUGUUUGGGAAAUAAUUUUUGAAAAUUAUUUGGAAGGAAAUAACUUUCUAAAAGAAUUUGUUUUGAAUUUUAGAGAACUUGAAGAAGAGGAAAUAGAAGAUGAAUUAGAGGAAUUAUUUCUUAAUCCAUAUGGCUAUGCAGAUGAAAAUUAUGAUAUUCAUUUAAAAUAUUUAUUUAUAAUGAAGGAAUGUACUGAAAAUAUUUUAAAAACAAAUGAAUUAAAUGAAGAAAAUAAAAUUUUAGAAUAUUUUAAAAAAUGUGUAAAUGAGGAAAUAUUAAAAGAAAAUAAAAUUGAAGAAAAUGAGAAAAAUUUACGUUUGCAAAAAAUUAUUGAAAAAUUGACUAAUUCGAAUAAAGAUGAUGCUUUGUUUGAAAAUUACAAAAUAAGUGCUAAAAAUAUGAAGAAAAAAAUUAAUUCAGCUAAAGGUAAAAUUAAGUUGUUCUCGAUAUAAUUAACACGAAGGGGCCAAAGAAAAAAUUUUGUUAUUUUGAGAGAUUCGUUAAGUCGAGGGGUUAUUAGUUAAUAAUUUAAAUUAAUUAUUUAAUAUGUAGAUAAUGAAAUUAGAGACAUGUAUGGUAUUAAUAAAAGCCAAUUGCUUGAAAAAAUACAAAAUAAAAAUUCGAAAGAAAGUGGAAAGACUGAAAUAAAAGUGAAUGAAAUCUUGGUAGUGUUUAUAUUUCCAUAAAUUUUUCAUCUUCUUUCCAAUCCUCACACAAAAUAA